ACAUCUUCCUUUGCGAAUUAGUUUACGUCGAAAUUUUGAUAAGGACCGUUCGUUUGUCGGAUUAAUUCGUCAUCAUCCGUUUUAUCAGGUUUUGAUAAGAAGGCGCGCGUGAGCUUUCCGAGUAGUUCUACAUAUAUUUUCUUUUUUUCUUGGUUUUGUGUUACUUUUUCUUUGUUGUUGUUGUUUGUUCGUGUGUUUCGUCCUUUCGAUAGAUUGGUUUCUCUUCGUCUUCAACGGUUGAAUGGAUAUUUUUGUUGCGAGCUACGAGAGUGGGGGCGGUGAAAUAAGGAUUUUUACAACAAAAAAAAAAGACAACAAAAUUACCAAAUGGAAUUAUCCUUCCUUCAAAAUUAAAAUGAAAAUUCAUUAAAGGAUUUAUAUUGGAUUUCAUAAAAGUAAAAAAAAUAUAUAUUAAAAACUUAAUACUACUCAAUUUUUCGGUGAAAUCUUCUUAAAAUAUUAAAAAUACUGUCCUGAGUGAAAAUUUGAGUAGGUACUUGAAAAAAAAAAAAACAAUAAAUCUAAAAAUCUAUGAGUCGGUUCAUGGAAUUUCGUCCUUUUUUGUGUUGUCUAUUCGAAACUUUAACAAAAAUAAUUUAAUUAAUUUUAUAAAAUAAUGGAACAAAAAAGCAAAUUUCAGUUCGAGGAAUAAAAUUUAUUUAAAAUCCUUUUCCCAGAAGUGAAAUUAAAAAGUUUUCAUUUAUUUAAUUAAUUUAUGUGCAUUUUCUCAAAUCCAAUUUUGUGUUCUUCAAAAAAAACGAGGAAAAUGUCAUAGUUUACAACGCAACUUUGAAAUUCAACAAAAAUUAAUAAAAAAAAAAAAAAUAAAUAAAAGCAAAUCUCUCACUAUCGCGACUUCCGUUGAAAAUUUCUUUCCCACUCGACACGGUUAUUGUGAUGAUAAUGGCUCCUCUCGCUGCCUGCCCCAAUUAAUUUCAAUCUGCUGACCACCACGCUGUGCUCUUGUGCUGUGUACCAGUGCACUACACUGCCCUGAGUAUAGGAUAUAAAAGUACCUACCCCAUGUACACGUGUGUGUGUGUGCUUGUGUAUUAUUAUCCUUUUUUAGUGCAUGCUAUACUCUGUAGCACAGCAAAAAGUGAAAAGCCAACAAAUUGAUUUAUUCUCAUGAAAUAAUUGGAUUAAGUGCCGUGCUCUGUUGUUCCACAUUAUUUGUAUAUAUGGGAUUUAUAGGAUACACUGUGCACUACCACACAUCGGAUAUAAAGGAUACCGCCGCCGCCAUCGCCACCGACCGACCGACGACCGUCCAGAAAUUAUUGUUGACCAGUAAAAGAGUAAAUCAACACUUAAACCAGAUGCUGCUGCAAGAUUAUGUUUCAUCACAAUUUUGACGAAAGACUAUUCAAAUUCGAUAUGCCUGAAUUUUCGUAAUUGAUUUAAGUUGGUUAUUCAUUACAAACGUGGACAAAUAAAAACAAAGACAAAAUGUCGAGUCAUUCCGGGACCAUUGGGCGGAAACGUGGCAGCGAAUAUUAUUUUGGUGGAGAACAGAUGCGACGCCAAAGGUCAGCGGAAUGGCAUAGUCGUCACGGAUAUAGCAGCAGUGAAGACGAGUAUCAAAAUAAUACACAAACAUCGGCUUUUGAUACCCAGUUGUUGGCGUCGCUAUUGAUUCAAAGUCAGCAAUUAGCAAAUUUGGACCGCUAUGCAUCUGAUUGUGAUAACGGAGAGGUUACUGAAUCACUCCUUACCGAAUAUCCCACAACAACAUCAGCACUUCAACAUCAACAACUCCAACAACAAGCCCAUCAUCAACAACAACAAUUAUAUCACCACCAAAGUACUGAUUUGAAUUCGCCACUACAUUCAGCGAUAGGAAUAUCAUCAGCUGCCAAUACUAAAAAUAGCAAUUCGCUAGCUACAGUUAAUAGUCGUAAUCCGUUCAGUAUGAAAUACGAUUUAAAUACAUCGUCAACAAAUCCGUUUCCUGAGACAAAUGAUCGUCUAUCGUAUUCGGGUAGCUCAGCUAUGCUUGAUCGUUUGCAAGCUGCUGUUGAAUUAAAUGCGACUAGUUCGGCAGUCGCAGCGUAUUUACAAGCGAGUGCGGCCUUAAACGAACGUUCAAUUAUCGGGCUCAAUUCAUUGCGAUCGAGUCGUUCCAAGAGCAAUCGGUUGAAUCGGGUUAGCGGAAUGACUUCGUCGAGCAGUGCGACUUCUUCUAAUAGCGCGGCCACUUCGGGGGCUAGUCGUAGUGAGCGUGAAAAACAAAAAUUACAACAAAUUCAGCAGGAUUUGCGCGAGUACGCACAAUGCGAAGCGGACGCGGAAGUAUUUGAUUCAGAACCACCCCCGGAACCGGCGCCACCGGAAAUACCGCCGCGAACGCAAUCGUUGAUGAUGUCGUUGAGAAAAAGAUCGGAUUAUCAGCUGAAGUAUGAGGGAAAUAGUGAACAGAAACAGGAAGAAUAUAUUUCAACUCCGCAGCAAAAGGAUUACCUUGUUGCGGAUAACUCACGUUCAAGUGAAAACCAAUCAAAGUCAAUUGCUUCGAGUGACUCACAGAGUCAACAAGGGUAAGUGUCCAGACAAAACCACAUCUGUAAAUUAUGAACCAUUAUUAAGUAUUUGUCAAAUUUUUGUAAAGUGUAUUUUGGUAAGUAAAAUUUUGCUACAGUUUUCAAAGGAAACCACAAUUAUGUAUUUUAAUAUGUGAUUUUUGGGUGCAGAA